GACGUUGUGUCACGACUGGGCUUCAGAUAGUGCUAUCAACAUCCAUAGAUAUUCUUUGCCGAUAGUCGCUCCGUAUCUCGAAGCUUCAUCUUUGAAGAAUCGCAUGGCCUUCCUCUUAGAGCUAUCAAGCUCCACACUGCACUGCGUGGAGGCGGGAACUUAUUUCACCACCGCCAAUCUGCGAUCCGAUUUCGUCCAAAUAUUCCACUAAAACGUAAUUCUGCAAGGGGCGGGGACGGAUGUGCAGCUCGGCUUGAAGCUCUCUCUGGGGCAUUGAUAACCCGAGCUGUUCCCGUUUGCUGCUUCUGUCUUCUUUCCUGACCUGCGACCCAAUUGGCGAAAUACUGGCUGUCGCCUUUGCCUCUUUUUCGCAUCUUCACAAUGGCAAUUUCUAAGCUGGCCUUGCUUCUGGCGGGAGUCGCAGGCGUCGUCGCAGCUCCCAGCUACGGCCAAGAGCCUCUGAGCUCGAUCGCGCCGUCGUCUAAGUCCCAGUGCAAUCUUCCUCCGAUUUUAGAUCCGACAGGCGAUGGACUCCCCUCUGCCGAUGAGCUCUUUGCGUCCAAAUCUGCACGAGACCAGCAGGUGAAGCGUCUUCAAGCCAUAGUUCAAGUACCCUCUAUUUCCUACGAUGACAAUGGACCGGUUGGUGAGGAUAAGCGCUGGGCGCCCUUCUUCGACCUGCACAAAGUCUUGGAAAAGACGUUUCCCAACGUCCAUAAGAAGGCUAAGGUCGAGAAGAUCAACACUCUCGGCCUUCUUUACACAAUCCAGGGCUCCGAUGAGAGUCUCAAGCCGGUGCUAUUGAUGGCUCACCAAGAUGUCGUCCCAGUUGCUGACGAAUCGACUUGGACAUACCCUCCUUUUGAAGCCGUGUAUGAUGGGGAGUAUAUUUGGGGCCGAGGAACUUCAGAUGACAAGAACAGUCUUACAGCCAUCUUGUCUGCGAUUGAAGCUCUCUUGUCUAACAAAGAUUGGGCUCCGAAGCGUACCUUCUUACUUGCUUUUGGCUACGACGAGGAGUGUUCAGGGUUCCGCGGCGCUGGCGAAAUUUCCGCACACCUCAAGAAGCAGUAUGGCGAAGACAGCUUUGCCGCCAUCCUGGAUGAGGGUGGCCUUGGAUUGACCCAAGUUGGUAAUGCUCUGUAUGUUCUCCCAGCCGUCACCGAAAAGGGCCAUGUCGACGUUUUCUUUGAGCUGGACGUGGUUGGUGGCCAUAGCUCUGUUCCUUUUCCUCACACUGGCAUUGGCAUUAUUGCCGAAAUCGUCAGCGAGCUCGAAGCCCAUCCUUUCGAGGCCGAGCUGAUUGAGGACGGCCCGGUUCACGGCCAUCUAAAGUGCCAGGCGCGCUACUCGCCUGAAGUGUAUCCCGAUCUCACGCGCUUGGUUCAACAAGACGACUUGGAAGGCAUUGCGAAGUGGCUGGUCAAGGCUGGCCGAAACACGCAGUAUAUCGUUCAGACUUCCCAGGCCGUGGACAUUAUUAACGGUGGGCAAAAGAUUAAUGCUAUGCCUGAAAAGACUAUCCUAGGCGUAAACUACCGAGUCGCCCACCAGAAUAGUAUUGCUGAAGUGCAGCAUAAUGCCGUUCAACGCGUCGACAGCAUCAUCAAGAAGUAUGGCCUGAAGCUUAAGCCAUUUGAGGACGACGAAGAGUAUGAGCAAUACAUCGCCAGCCUCAAACCCGAAGUUCGCGAGAAGGCUGGUUCGAACGAUGUCGACUACAAGGGCACCUUGGUCCUGUCCACCAAGGGCAAAUUCCACCCUAGCCCAAUUUCUCCUACAAGUGGUCACGCUUGGGAUGUCUUUGCCGGUACUCUUCGACACAGCUUUGCUUUCGAUAACGGAACUGUGGUUCCCACCGGAGAGAUUAUGACGGGCAACACUGACACUCGCCACUACAUUGGUCUUUCCGACAACAUCUGGCGUUUUACUCCUGACCGAUUUCACGCUGAAAACAACAUCCAUACCAUUGAUGAGCACGCUCGCGUAGACGGUCAUAUUGAGAUGCUCAAGUUUUACUACGACUUUGUGCGCAACUUUGAUGCCGCCAAAUUCUAAAUAGUCUCCUAGACAACAAAAAGGUUUUAUAGGCAAUAAAUUGGACUGUUUCAUAUUAUUAUUGUUGAAUGAAGCUUCUCUCUUCUUGCUUGCGAUCUCUCU